AGAUCACACCUUGCUUCGGUUCUCUGUAUUAUUGAUUUGGUCGAGCUUCAGGGCUCUUUAUAGAGCCAUUCAUGUCAAACCGCAUCGCAAAUGUAUCAGUUGAACGUGACUUAGAGAUGUCAGAGUCAGAGAGGAGAACCAACAACCAAGGAGAAGUUGUUAUCAAUGUUUCAGAAGCGUCAACAAACCCAUCAGCAUCUCCUUCUUCCAAGGCACCAACAUUACCUACGUCAGAUAAUGGGAAUCCAAAACCAGAUCCGUUAAGCAUUCCUCCUCCUGAAAUCUACAGAUUGUCUGGUAAUCUUCAUAAGCCGCCUAAAGUUCCAAGUCCUAGCACUGAAGGUUUAGUACGAAGGAGGUCUCUUUCGAAAUCAGUUUACUCCAAGUCCAACUCAAGGUUUGGGCAACAACCGUCUUAUCGGUUUGAUAAGACUAUAGUUGAGGAAAACGGUGGAAGCCUUAGGGACCAGUUUGCUGCUUCUUCAUUUUCAAGAAAAUCUUUUGGCAGGGCUUCUCCUAAUAACAAAUCGAAUAGGAGUGUUUGCUCAACAGCUCUGAGUAAAGUUGCUGAAGAAGAAACGGAUGAAAAUGAAGAAAUCUACGAAAAGGUUAAGCUACACCGAGUAAAACGUAAUGGAAUGAAACCUAUAGCUCUUCUUGAGUUGCUACUGUUUGUGGUUAUUCUUUGCACUUUGGUUGUGAGCUUAACCUAUGAUACAGUGAAGGAACAUUGUAUUUGGGGUUUGGAAGUGUGGAAAUGGUGUGUUCUUGUGAUGGUGACACUUAGCGGUAUGUUUGUGACAAACUGGUUCAUGCAUAUAGUGGUGUUUAUCAUAGAGAGGAACUAUCUUCUACGUAAAAAAGUGUUGUAUUUUGUGCAUGGCUUGAAGAAGAACGUUCAAGUGUUCAUUUGGUUCAGCCUGGUUCUUCUUGCUUGGGUGUUUCUCUUCGAAGAUGACGAUAAACACACUCGUAAGACCAAGAAGUUUCUCGACUUUAUAACUUGGACUAUUGUCUCCCUCCUCAUUGGGUCAAUCCUUUUCUUGGCCAAGACAUUUGCCUUGAAAGUUCUUGCGUCAAAGUUCAACGUUAGAAACUUCUUUGAGAGGAUUCAAGAGUCUGUCUUUCACCAGUACGUUCUCCAAACCCUCUCGGGGCCUCCGCUUAUAGAAGAGGCAGAGAGAGUUGGGCGUGAACCAAGUACAGGCCACCUUAGUUUCACAAGCACCAAGGAUGGAAAGGUGAAAGAGAAGAAGGUGCUUGAUAUGGGAAAGGUUCACAAGAUGAAGCAAGAGAAGGUCUCAGCUUGGACAAUGCGAGUUUUGAUUGAAGCUGUGGGAGCAUCUGGUCUCUCAACCAUAUCUAACACUUUAGAUGAGUGUAGCAAUGAAAAAGAUAAAACUGAUAAAGAGAUAACUAAUGAGAUGGAGGCUGUAGCUGCUGCUUAUGAUAUUUUCAAUAAUGUUGCUCAGCCAAACCAUAAUUACAUUGAGGAAGAUGACUUGCUGAGGUUUAUGAUUAAGGAAGAGGUAGACCUUGUACUUCCUUUAAUAGAUGGUGGCGAGACUGGAAAAAUCACACGUAACGCUUUUACAGAAUGGGUGGUUAACGUUUACACUAGUCGGAAAGCACUAGGACAUUCACUGAACGAUACAAAAACAGCGGUUAGGCAGGUGGACAAACUUAUAACUGGAGUCUUGUACGUUGUCACGUUCAUCAUUUGGUUGAUACUUCUGGACGUAUUAACGACCAAGUUUUUGGUGGUUUUCUCCGCAAAAUUAGUGGGUCUUGCUUUUAUAGUCGGAAGCACUUGCAAGAAUAUCUUUGAAUCCUUUAUAUUUGUCUUCGUGAUGCAUCCUUAUGACGUCGGUGAUCGUUGUGUUAUUGACGGUGUGACGUUGUUGGUUGAAGAAAUAGAUCUUAUGAGUACCGUGUUCCUCAAGCUUGAUAACGAGAAAGUUUUCUAUCCUAAUGCGACUUUGGUAUCAAAACCAAUAAGCAAUUUCUACAGAAGUCCAGAUAUGGGAGACUCGAUACAAUUCUCCAUCGCUUUCUCAACGCCGGCAGCGAAAAUAGCCACUCUCAAGGAGAAAGUCACAGAGUACUUGGUGCAGAACCCACAAAAUUGGUAUCCAGAACUCAUGUUGUUGGUGAAAGCGAUUGAGAAUGUGAACAAGUUGAAUUUGAACUUGGUCGUCACACACACCAUCAACUUCCAAAAUUACGGGGAGAAGAAUCUGAGGAGAACCGGGCUGGUCAUUGCGCUCAAGCAAAUACUUGAGGACCUAGAAAUCGAUUACACCCUCCUUCCUCAAGAUGUUCAACUUACCGUAGUACCGGUCUAA